ACCGGCAGAUUAAAUCGGCUCAAAGCGGACCGUAGACACACCGAACAUCCGAAGGCUCCAGUCGGACACAUCACCGGCUCUUUUUGUGGUUUUCAUCCGGAUUUAAGCGUCUUUCCUUCUACUGCCUGUGCGGCUCUUCAGUCCCUAAGGAAUGCCCAGAGAGCUGACCCAGAACAGGAUCCAAAAGAUCUGGGUUCCCACCAGAGAUGACAAACCGGCACCAAGGAGAGCGGCUGGCGCUCCUCACCUCGCCAACCCCCCCACCGUCAUCGUGAUGGUUGGCCUGCCAGCUCGAGGAAAGACAUACAUGUCCAAGAAACUUACCCGCUACCUCAACUGGAUUGGCAUUCCAACCAAAGUCUUCAAUGUAGGAGAGUACCGUCGGGAGGCGGUCAAGAACUACAGCUCCUAUGACUUCUUCAAGUCUGAUAAUGAGUGUGCUGUGAAAAUCAGGCAGCAAUGUGCCUUAGCAGCUUUGAGGGAUGUCAAGUCUUAUUUAAAGGAAGAAGGAGGCCAAGUAGCAGUCUUUGAUGCCACAAACACAACAAGGGAAAGGCGAGACAUGAUCCUCAAGUUUGGCCAUGAGAAUGACUUCAAAGUCUUUUUCAUUGAGUCUGUGUGUGAUGAUCCUAAUGUCAUUGCAUCAAACAUCAUGGAAGUGAAGGUGUCAUGUCCUGACUAUAAGGACUGCAACAAGACUGAUGCCAUGUUGGAUUUCCAGAGAAGAAUUGAAUGUUACAAAGCCACCUAUCAACCUCUGGACCCUGAUAACCUGGACAGGGACCUGUCAUUGAUCAGAGUAAUAGAUGUUGGUCGUCGCUUCCUUGUCAACCGAAUCCAGGAUCACAUCCAGAGUAAGAUUGUGUACUAUUUGAUGAACAUCCAUGUUCAGCCCAGAACCAUCUACCUGUGUCGGCAUGGAGAGAGCACUGACAACCUGGAGGGUCGGCUAGGUGGUGACGCUGGCCUCUCACCACGGGGCAGACAGUUUUCAGCUGCCCUGGCUCGGUUUGUGGAGGAGCAGAAGCUGAAAAAUCUGAAAAUCUGGACCAGUCAGUUGUGUCGCAGCAUCCAGACUGUUGAGCACUUGGGAAUCCCGUAUGAGCAGUGGAAGGCCCUCAAUGAGAUUGAUGCUGGGAUUUGUGAGGAGAUGACAUAUGAUGAAGUGAAGGAAAAGUUCCCAGAGGAGUUUGCUUUGAGAGAUGAAGAUAAAUAUUACUACCGCUACCCUGCCGGAGAGUCCUACCAGGAUUUGGUCCAACGAGUGGAGCCAGUCAUCAUGGAGCUGGAGAGGCAGGAGAACGUCCUGGUUAUCUGCCACCAAGCUGUCAUGCGAUGCCUACUGGCUUACUUUUUGGAUAAGAGUGCAGAUGAGAUGCCCUACCUGAAGUGUCCCCUCCACACUGUGCUGAAGCUCACCCCGGUAGCCUAUGGGUGUAAAGUGGAGUCUAUUUCUCUGAAUGUGGAAGCUGUGAACACACACAGAGACAGACCAGAGGAGGUGAAGAGGGGUCCUGGUACCUUGAUCAGGAGGAAUAGUGUGACUCCUCUGACCAGUCCUGAGUCAAACAUCAAGAAACUUCGCAUUGAUGACCUGGAUGAGGCUCCCAUCCAUGAGUUACCUCCCACUGUAGCCUCGAUGGGCCUCUGCAGCCCAUCACACCUCCCUCUUGCCUUGUCUGGACAGCACUGGCUGGGUAAAGUUUGUCUACGAACCAUCCUCCACUAUCUGAAAGUGUUUUCUGUAUUAGUCUUUCAAAGAAGCUGAGGAGAGACUCAUCUGGCCGACGUGACUUCCUGCAGCCGUGUCAGUGACAUUGCAUCUGUCCACUGGCUCAAGAGACAGGAAACUGGAGCACUUACAAAGACACAGUAACAGUGACACAACAACAAAUGUAAAACUGCAUAGCUGUUUUUCCAAAAGUAAAAUUUCUCACACUAUGUUAAGGAUCAAAUUGUGUAUCCAAUGACACGUUACUGUAGUUUGAACCAUGAAGGAACUGGGAUAAUUAAUGUAUGUCCCAACACAUUGUAUGACAAUAUUCUCCUUUCUUACUAUUCUCAGAAAUGUCUUUCACUUUAAGACUCUGAUAAAUUUGUCGUUUCCACAUUUCACUCCACAGUAUCUAGUGUGUCAUCACUUCUGACUGAAAGAGGCAAACUGUGUCUCUACAGUUCCUCCUGUCACUUCUCACAGUUCAGAUGGUUCUUGUGCAACACUUUCUACUGAAUAAUUAUUUUGGGAGAGAAUUGUCACACCCAGAGAAAACACAUCCUUUAUUCAACCAUAUACUUAUGGUUGCAAUUUUAAUAAACAAAGGAUAUAGCAUUUAGUUUACAUUGUAAACUCUUUGGCACUUCUUUGGAAGCACUGAUCAUGUUUUUUUGUCAUGUACGUCUUUUUCUAAAAUGUGCUUAAAGGCUGAGCAUCAUGCUGUAAUGAUCUUUGCUACAAAAUAAGUGAUUAUUUUGCACAUUGGGGAUAUAUUGUUUGUUUUUGAGUCAUUUUUUCUUUGGUGUCUCAUUUUGUUUCAUUUAAGUCACAGUAACAGACUUCUUUUUUUCGCCGUUUAGUGCCUGUAGUGCUUGAUUUGCAAGCCUGACGCUGUUUCUACCAUUGCUUGUCUGCAUUUUGUUGCUCAAGGAGAGGCACCACAUCUCAUUUAAUACUGUAAAUCCACCUAUCAUUUCAGUAUUUAACGUUUCCCAGUUAAAAUAUUUAUUUCAGUGUGUUUCAUUUUAUCUCUACAGCAUGUUCUCUACAGAUUAUUUACCUUAAUUUCCUUUUGCUGUCACAGACUGCUACGCACAAAUAAGCACCUAUAUUUUUGUUAUGAGAAUGCGUGUUUAUAAUAAUAUCACUGUAAAUUUUAGUGUACAUACAGUAACUGGAAAUGAUUGUGAUGUUAGGAGAGUGAAUUCUGUAUGUGUUUUUCUACCACUGUGUCAGGACUGAAUGGAAACCCUAAUCUGUUGAGAAAAGCUGCUGCUUACCUCUCACAACGAAAUGGUUGUUAACAUAUUUGCUUGAGAUACUUGAAAAAUGUUUUCUUUUGUAAAAACAAAUUGUUUUAUUAUAUUAUAUUCUUAAUUUAUUUUUAUGUAGUUUUGGAUGACUGCUUGGAGCGAAAUGCACCUUGUUAUAACAGUAUGUUGUAUAUUUGAUUUUGCAUCUGCUGGACCAAUAAAAGCACUCCUGGAAAAUGUA